GGCAUGCUGUCGCUGUCGGGAAGUGUGGUUAAGGGUUGAUGAAUAUUUUAGUCGGUGUCUCAUUGUUGGUUAGUGAUAUUUAUAAGGAUAUUGUGUUUAAAUAAAGUGAUAAUAAAGUUGUACGUUUAAAGUUAUACAUCUUUAAGUUCAGUCAUCUAAUUUAAUUCUUCAAUGUAUUCAUUACUGAAUAGAAAGGAAAAUGCACACGAGGAUAGUAUAUGGAGUGUGGCUUGGGGGAGAGUUCGACAAGAAAAACCCGAAAAUGAUGAUGUUAACAAUGGAGAUGAUGAUCGUUCAAGAGAUUCGACAACUUCUAUACAUGAAGCAGUAGAUUAUGUUGUGUCUGGCUCUGUGGAUGACAAAGUCAAAACGUGGACUGUUGGAAACAAUGGGCUAAAUCUGAACCAUGAGUUGGAAGGACAUUCUCUGGGCGUUGUGUCUGUUGCUGUCAAUUCUGAUUCUACCAUGAUAGCCAGUAGUUCUUUAGAUUCUUCUGUAAGAUUGUGGAAUGCUACCUCCGGAGAAAGAGUAGGAGUUAUAGAGGCUGGCCCAGCUGAUGUUUGGACAGUCUGUUUUUCUCCUGACGACAAGUUCAUAAUCUCUGGUAGUCACGCAGGCAAGAUACAUAUGUACAGUGUAGAAACUAGCAAGCAAGAAAGAACCUUAGAUACUAGAGGAAAAUUCACUCUUAGUAUUGCUUACAGUCCAGAUGGCAAGUACAUUGCUUCAGGAGCUAUUGACGGAAUAAUAAACAUAUUCGAUGUUGUCUCUGGAAAAUUAGUCCAUACACUUGAAGGACAUGCUAUGCCGAUUCGCUCUCUUACUUUCUCUCCUGAUUCUCAGUUGUUACUUACUGCUUCUGAUGAUGGUCACAUGAAGCUUUAUGAUGUUCAACAUGCAAAUGCUGUGGGUACAUUAUCAGGCCAUGCGUCAUGGGUUCUCAGUGUUGCAUUUUCCCCUGAUAAGAAAUACUUUGCUUCUGCUAGCUCUGAUCACUCAGUCAAAGUCUGGGAAUUGGCAACCCGUUCUUGUGUUCAUACUUUUAACGAACAUACAGACCAGGUUUGGGGAGUUCGAUUUAAUCCAGAAUCAAAUAGACUUGUGUCUGUGUCAGAGGACCGAUGUAUUAAUAUAUAUGAGUGUCCCGUUUAAUAAUGAGCCUACAGUUCUACUACCUAAUUUGUUGUGAAAUGUGCUGAAAUCAACAGCAGAGGGAGUUCCUUGCAAGAAGAGGAAAAUGCUAAAACUUUGUAUUUUGAAACACGUUAAUACCAUUUUAUUUAAUAAGGUAAACUGCAAUAUUUACCCAUUCAUCUUAAAUUAACACAAAGUGUUUUAUAAAAGAUAUAUAAGGAUUGUAUAAAAUGAAUUGAUAUUAUUGUAAUUUGACAAGAUUUUUAUGUUGUGUAAAUAUACUGUGUUUUCUGGUU